AUUAUUAAGUAUAUUUGUCUAACUACGCGUAUUGGAACUGGUACCGAUGAAAUCGAUUUUCUACCAUUUAAGAUUACCUUCAGAAAAAAGUUGAUGUAAUCUGGGUGUGUCAUUUUAGGUCCACAUUCUGGCAAAAAAUCUUUUUGCGUUUGUUGAUGUGGACUCAUGUUGUUACCUCGUCGCACUCUACCUAGCUUAGCUUACUUCCUUCUGUCAAAUGAGGUGCGACAAAUGAUCCUUGAGAGUCUUGUAGAUCGCCAGACCAGGUAUGGCGUCACGCCGCAUGGCAACGCUUCAUACAUUUGCAAACUUUCGCACAAUUUAUUUGUCAUUGCCAAAAAAAUACACACCCGAACGGAGUAUACCUGAAUGGUAAUUUGCUUUACUUUUAAAUGAUGAAAAAAUGGCAGCAGAAACAUCUUCCACGAUUGUGACUCGCACCGCUAAAAAAUCUUAUUGAUUAAUCAGCGAAGUAGCGCACCUCGUGAUUUCAUUGAUGUGUCCUCAAAUCGCGGCCAUUCCAUCAUCAUCCAUCCCCGUCGAUUGAAAUGGUAGAAGCCUAAUUCUUUUUUUCGCGUUUGAGCCAGAUCAAACUAGUUCUUGAAUACAACUCAUUCCGCUAUCGUUUGGAAGAGAACAAAUGUGGUGUUGCGUGUUUGCAAUACUUUACUUUUGGAUUCUUCUUUCAUAAUAAAGGGAAGGUGUUUUGUAUGUGAGCCAUCUAGCCACUGAUGUUAUAUAAGUGUCAUUUUUUGGAUUUGAAUUUACUAUUUCAC